CAGUGAGCGAACGCUGAAAGAGAUCGAGGGCACGGGUCACCGCCAUAUAUCGUGCAACAUUGUGAGACCGUACCGUUACAUACGAUAUUUAUCGGCGUUACAUGGUUCUGUUACGGUCUAUGCUGGACCGUUUUAAUAUCGUAGCCAAAAGAGAUUUCGAAAUGGAAUUGGAAUUCCCUCUCAUUUCCACAAGUCCAUCGAUGAAGAAGAGAGCAGCGGCGUCGACGUCCAAAUCCAGAUCCAGAUCCACGGCGGCCAAGGAGAAGACGGAAGGGGGCGAUUCCUUCUUCGCAUCUUCCAAUCCCUCCCGCAAACCCUACGAUUUCGAUCUGCCUUCCUUUGCCGCCGCCGCCUCCCGGGACGGUAGCCCCGAUCUCUUCUCCCGCCAGCGCAUGACUCCGACGCCUUCCUCCGAGAUGCAUACGGCCGCCGAAGCUACAAUAGCCGAUCUCAAGGCAUCAGUGGCCUCCGGCAUCGAAUCCCUCAAGCGACACCUCGACGUUAGCCACUCCCAGAUCGUCAACGAGUUCGACGCCUCCAGCACCCGCCUCUCCAAGCGCUUCAAGAUUCAGACAAAAGCCUGCGUUCAGCUAACAGAGGAGGCAGAAAAGGACUACAAGAAGGUCGCUGAUAGGAUGAGCGAACAUGCAGAAAUAAUCAAGGCCUCGUAUUCAGAACUCAUAAGCCAAGCACAUCCUACAUCUUCUCGUGUUUGUAAGGUUUCCAUUCCUGAACUCAUGCAAUCGAUGGAGAAAGCCAUUGAUGUACUGCGUUGCCGCUACAAGGUUCCGACAACUCCAGUAUAAUUAAAUGCCGAUUUGAUCUGAAGCCAACAGUUGGGAGUCUGUAAAAUAAAACGGUUGUAAAGAAACCACGAAACUGAUGAGAGAGACAUGAACGCGUAAACCAUGAAGCCUUUGUUUCUUUUGGUCGUAUUACGUUCUAUGGAUAAGUUUUUAAUCUUGCUUGAUUCAUGGAUUGCAACAGUGUUGCCCUUUCUUUGUCAUAAUUUGAAUACUGUGUCACAUAACAA